AUGAAGGAGUCUGGACACGGGCUGGAGAACGCGAGCGUGUGGCGCGUGGUGGUGCCGCGCGGGCCGGAGCCCGCCGGUGCCGGCGUGGGCGUAGGCGUGGGCGUGGGCGCGCUGGAGCCGCCGGUGCCCUGGGGCUACGGCGGGUGGGCCGCCGCCUCCCCGCCGCCGCCUCCCUCCUCCCUGAAGAGGGCGCUCAGCGAGAGCGACGACUGUGACGACGUCUUCUCGGAGGAGUCCUCCAAGGACCGGUGCUCGUCGCCGGGCGACGCGGACAGCUGCCAGCUGCUGAGCCGCAAGAAGCGGCGCGGCAUCAUCGAGAAGCGGCGGCGCGACCGCAUCAACACGUCGCUGAGCGAGCUGCGCCGCCUCGUGCCCGCCGCCUUCGAGAAGCAGGGCUCCGCCAAGCUGGAGAAGGCCGAGAUCCUGCAGCUCACCGUCGACCACCUCAAGAGUCUGCACGCCAAAGGCGUGGACGCGUUCGCGUACGACCCGCACAAGUUCGCGAUGGACUACCACGGGCUGGGCUUCCGCGAGUGCGCGGCCGAGGUGGCGCGCUACCUGGUGACGGUGGAGGGGCUGGACGUGCAGGACCCGCUGCGCCUGCGCCUCAUGUCGCACCUGCAGUGCUGCGCCGCGCAGCGCGAGCUCGCCGCCAAGCAGGCCGGCCCGCCGCCCGCAUGGCCAUACCCGCCCGCCCCCGCACCGGCGCCCGCGCCGCAGCCCUACGGCGCCGACCACCCGUUCGCCGCCGAGCUGGCGGCCGCCUCCUCGGGGGCGGGCGCCGCCUCCGGGGGCGGCGGCGGCGCCGCCGGGCUGCACCACGGCUCGCACCACCAGCAGCAGCACCAGCACCAGCACCAAGCCCAGCAGCAGCAAUGCCAUACGCCGCCCACCUCCACCGCCGUCUCCUCGGCGGGCAGGCACCCUCAGCAGCAGAACCCCGCGACGACGAGCGCCACGUCGGCGGCCGGCGCCGCCUCCCUGGGCUACGCGGCGCCGCCGCCCUCGCAGUACCACAUGAGCCUCAACUCGUUCCCCUCGGCGUCGGGCGGCGCGCACCACCAGACGCCCUUCAACUCGGCCGGCGCCAAGCCGUACCGGCCGUGGGGCGCCGAGGUAGCCUACUGAACGCCUGUCUUCCGUCGACUCACGUCUUCGCCUACAGACUGUACUCCGAGGACAGUAUGUCGAAGAGAUUCCGCGAUAUUCUUCUAGUCUCUGGGAAACCUCGCAGCAGUAGCAACGGCUUCCGUACGGCUACAAAGUAACUUCGAGGGUCGAUCACUUAUAUACAUAUACGAGAAGAAAGCUUCACUAUGCAGCAGUGUGGGCCAAGCUUAGACAUUAAAAUUAUUUCUGACAGGAACUCAUAUAUUUCUGUUUCGCAGAAAACGCUGUCAGUCAGAGCUGUUCGAUCCUGACGUACAGAGCAGCACAGUACUCUGCCGUCGCUUCUCGCCUACUUUUUGAUACUCCAUCGUAAUACUCCUACUUUUGUAACUAGAAAUUUGACAGAUCCAAUCAAAUUAUAUGAAUUUAUAAAUUAUCUCUAUUCCUCUCUGUGCUUCGUUACGGGUAGUAAGAAGAAAUCAACCCAAGAAAAGAACCUUUCUUUUGACACUGAAGAGUACCAGUAAGAUAAAAUUUGAUUCGUUGUCCGUGGGAAAUAUAGUAACGCAGAAUAUAUAUCUGCUACCAAACAGGAGAAUUCGAUACAGGAAAUGCAUCACUAAAACUGAACUGGCGUUCAGCAUUUAAAUGGAAUUAUGUCACAAACAUUUUUUGCAAAAUUUAUUUUCGAACGUGAUAGGUUCUAACAACCAAAAUAGUAGAGAAUUUAUUUUCUAAAUGUUUUUUAAGACAGAAAGAAUUGAAUGAUGUAACAAUCAGGUAUUCUGCCAGGGUAAAUGAAACAAAGAAUCAGAACAUUAUUCUACAUAUGUUACUAUUUACGAGUUUAUAUUUAUCACCUGAGUAAUAGUAUUCUUUUAGUCUCGUAAUAGAAGUUCACAAAACCCACACACAGCAAACUGACCUUUGUUUCCUUACUUUCUACCUAACUCUAAAUAAUAAUUGGAUUGUAUUCAACACAAUUGAGAAGCUGCCCCGUAUUGAUGUUCCAGAGUAUUGUAUGGUAUUUCCUUGUAACUGUAGAGAAGGACGCUGGCUAUUCAGUUUCUCACAGUAAUUGGCAGCAGUAUGCACUGCGAACAGUUCACGUUAAUACAAAAAAGCCAAAAAAAGCUAAAUUAACGACGCAUAGACGCUGAUAUGAAAUUUUUAACAGCUAACAGGCAUUUUGAAUUCUGUGUGGCUCCAUCGUCUAGUGAUCGUCAUUGCAAGUUACAUCUUUUGACACUAGUGAAAUUUAGUAUUUCACCACAGACCUUCCCGUUCAACAGAUGCUCUGUUAAAGCUAGUUUAAGACCUUCUAGCAUGUCAUUCAUCGUGAAGAUUGGUACACAAAGGGUGACAAAAAUUAUUAAUCGAUGGUGCGUACAGCUGCAAAAGAAAACAUUUUUAUUUAGAAAAUUAUCCUUUACAAGUGGUCGACCCUCGUAACAUCACAGAAGAUUUCACAAAAAGUGAAUUCUGUAGCCUAAAAUAGUAGUUUCCAGUUUCAAGAAGUGAUCGUCACCGGAGAAGAAUUAUUCCCGUGUCGUAUAGGUUCAAAACUUUUGGGAAAAUCUUCAAAGUGCAACUCUAUCUUGCAAAAUUCUCGCGAUCGAGCUACAUCGCGAACGAAACUUUCUACUUGUCAUUUCCCAUGAGUAGUUUCCGGCCCCAAGGGCAGCUACAUAGAAAGCACGGAAUUGACUGUGAUCGCCGACCUGUGAUAGGAGAGGCACAUCUUUCUGCUUUCAUUCCAUAUCUGUCCUACAGAAAUAUUGUUGGUAAUGUGACGUAGAGUAGCUUGCGGCCCUAGUAAAGAAAAAAUAAUGUCACGGGGAUAAAAUUCUGCGCUAGACGUUGUCGCUGUGACAAGCCUUGCAGGCUGAAUUAAUAAAUUCGUGCUUCAGACAAAACCAGCACAGAAUGUGCUAAACAAGUUCCUUCCAUUGCAUAAUUGCCUGGGUUUCUGAAGUGCCCUAUGUCGUCUGUGAGUCAACCGACAGAGCACAAUAAACACUAAGGUACCUGCUGUAAAUUAUCUCGCGACAUUUUAUGUUGCGUUAUAUUCCAAAUAUGCUAGUCGAUUUGCCUGUGUGCCUUUUUCUCUGUAAAUUAUUUCGUGUCUUGUUUAUAUGUGUGUGUGUGUGUGUGAAAGCAUUUGCAAGCACGGCGUGUGAGUUGUUGAAUAAUCACGAGUUAUGACUCAGUAUUACUAAUGUUUCCACGCAAGUGUCUUCUGAAGUGGGCCGAUCGGCUGCACUGCAGUAUUAAAGAUGUGACAAUACUGGUGUCUUUCUAAUGUGCCUUUUCUGAUGUCAAAUGCCAUCUUAAAUUAUCUUUUGUACAUAGAAGUAUAUUUUUGAGUAAACUGAUCUCAUAUUUUGAAUAAAUAUAUACUAGAGAACUGAUCUCACAAGGAUUAAAAAUGGA